AUGCCCUUCCGCGAGAAAGCCAAAGCGAUCUUCAAACGGAAGACCUCCGACUCGCUCUCCAAAGCCAGCUCCAACAACUCCUCCCGCGAGCAAUGGCCCAGCAAUGUCUACAAACCAGGCGAAGUAAUGCCGAGGCCCAAAUAUCGCAAACCGCCGACGAAAGAGCAUAAGGAGCAUUUGGAGAGUUUCAGCUUCGCGGAUGCGUGGAGGAGGCGAAGCUUCCAGAGUGUUCAUUCGCCUAUGGGUACGAGGGCGCCUAGCAGGAAGAAUAGUUCGAGAGGGCCGAGUAGGAGAGGCAGUCUGUGCUCGAGGAAGAGUUAUACGAAGACCGCCAGUAGGGCGGGUAGUGUGAGUAGUGCUGGAGAGCCGGAGAAGGGUGGUCCUAAAGGCCAACAUCGGGAACGAGAGCGGUUUGCGGCUGCUGUGCCUACGAGUCUCAGCACUGAAGAGGAGGCAGAUGGGGACGAUGAUGUGCAUAAUGAAAACGAGCUCGCUUUGGCACUCCAGAGGUCACAUCUGGCUGUGCCGGCGAAUUGA